AUGGGAGAAGCCAGGGCUCGGUUCCGUUUUGGAUGGAGUCGGGCUUGCUGUCAAGACAAUGGUGCGUCUGACCCAGAACAAGAGAAACGAUGGGCUGAAUUGUUCGAACAGUUGGAUCUUAAUAAAGAUGGUAGAAUCGACGUGAACGAACUUUCCCGUGGACUGGCUGCUUGGGGGGUAGUUCGGAGUGACGUAGACGAGAUUGUGCGUGAGAGUGACACCAAUCACGAUGGCCAGCUGGACUUUGAUGAGUUCACUCAGUACCUUCAAGUUCAUGAGAAAGAGCUUAGACUCAUGUUCCGAAGCCUGGACCGCAACAACGAUGGACAAAUAGACGUGAGUGAGAUCCAGCUGUCUUUGCGUAACCUGGGGGUCGACGUGACCAUUGAGCAGGCCGCUACAAUACUGCAGAGUAUUGACAAGGAUGGGACCAUGACCAUAGACUGGAAUGAGUGGAGAGACUAUUUCCUAUUCAACCCUCUUCACAGCAUGGAGGAUGUCGCCCACUACUGGAAGCAUGCUCUGAUGCUUGAUAUCGGAGAGCACUUAACAGUCCCAGACGAGUUCUCCGAGCGAGAGCGGAGGUCAGGGGUUGUCUGGAGGCAACUGGUUGCCGGCGCUAUGGCAGGAGCUGUGUCCCGGACCGGAACUGCCCCGCUGGAUCGCCUCAAGGUUUUUCUACAGGUUCAUGGCUCUGGGGGAGGGAACUUGUGGACUGGUCUGUGUGGGAUGGUUCAGGAAGGAGGCAUCAGGUCCCUGUGGAGGGGUAAUGGGAUUAAUGUUCUCAAAAUCGCUCCUGAGUCUGCCAUAAAGUUCAUGGCCUAUGAGCAGAUAAAGUGGCUGAUCAGAGGCAGUAAGGAGAGUGGAAGCCUGAGGGUACAGGAGAGGUUUGUUGCUGGUUCUCUGGCUGGAGCCACAGCCCAAACCAUCAUAUACCCUAUGGAGGUGUUGAAGACUCGUCUAACUCUGAGAAAGACGGGCCAGUACACUGGCAUGGUGGACUGUGCCAAGCAGAUUCUCCAUAAGGAGGGUGUGCGAGCGUUUUACAGGGGCUAUGUGCCCAACACCCUGGGCAUCAUUCCUUACGCUGGCAUCGACCUGGCUGUCUAUGAGACCCUGAAGAAUGCCUGGCUACAGAGGCACAGUGCGGACUCAGCUGACCCGGGGGUUCUGGUUCUGCUGGGCUGUGGUACCGUGUCCAGCACCUGCGGCCAGCUAGCCAGUUAUCCACUAGCACUGGUCCGCACACGCAUGCAGGCACAGGCCUCUACAGAAGGAGGGCCCAAGCUCUCCAUGGUGGGCCAGUUCAAACACAUAGUAUCACAUGAAGGAGUCCCUGGACUGUACCGCGGUAUCGCCCCAAACUUCCUCAAGGUCAUUCCUGCGGUGAGCAUCUCCUACGUGGUCUACGAGAACAUGAAGAAAGCUCUUGGAGUUGGCUCAUAG